UGGGUGUCAGUUGUGGGGCGGAGACAGUGGGUUGGAUGGAGACAGUGGGCUGGCUCUGCUCUGGUUGCAGUGUUCAGGAAGUGAAUUGCUGGGCUUUUCUCUGCACAGAUGAAUCGGGAAUAAGGAGGCCUUUGUGUAUACAGUGUACAGAGAGGGUGUGUGAUGUCCUCCACAAGAAGAGGUUGGUGGAAUGUCCUCAUUGGAAACGGUGAAGAUCCUCCUGGGAUCCAGAUGUUACCUUGUUCCCCGCGACCAGCUGGUGGCUCAAAGUGGCUUCUUCCAAGCUCUCUUCCGCUCAGGGAUGAGGGAGAGUACCGGUGAGGUGGUGACUUUGCAUGGACUUACCCAUGAAGGCCUUGAGGGCGUUCUGCGCCACAUCACAGGGGGGCCAGUGCAGACAUGCAGCCCUGCAGAAGAAGUGAAGUGUGGACUCAAGGCGCUCACCAGUGAGCAUCUGUCAGGCCAAGAUGAGCCAAGUUUUGUCCAGGAGGCCUUCUCACAAGGUCCACUGCAGGCAUUGGUGGAAGCCGCCUGUUACUUGCAGGUCCAGGGACUGUUGUCUCUUUUGCAGUCCUCGUUGUCAGCGGACAGUUGCCUGGACCUACUGGACGUGUCACAGCUCCAUGGCCAGUGGGAUCUGGCUGCAGCCUGCCUCAGUUACAUGGCUGCUCACUACCACUGUAUGCUGCAGAGAGCAGACUUUCAGGAGAGCCCCGAACCCCUGAAAGAGCGAGUCCUCCAGGAGCGUCUUCGAGGUGUGCCAUCACUGCUACUGUUGUCACAGCAGAGAGGUGAUUCUUGGGUGCUCCUGCGAUACCUGGAGCUCGGAAGAGGGUGGCAGAUCAUGCCCAGUGACGUUCCACAGAGCAUGCUGCAGGUGAAGGGCUAUGGGGCAACCUCACUCAACAACUAUCUCUUCGUGGCAGGAGGGACGCGUGAGAAUGGACAGGAGGUGAGCGCUGUCCACUCCUAUAACCCCAGCACUGGAUUCUGGAGCGAAGAACCUGCCAUGAACCAGAAAAGGUAUAAUUUCCGGCUCCUCGCAGUCGGCGGGUCCCUCUACGCUGUCGGAGGCCAGUCCUUGCAGACCAUGGAGUCCUUCAAUCCAGCUCAGAACACAUGGAACUUAGUCGCCCCCCUUCCAGACACCCUGGUGGAGUUCUCAGCCUGUGAAAGCCUGGGGAAGAUCUAUGUAGUUGGUGGUUACACUCCACGAGGACGAAACCUGAAGGUGUUGCGGUACUGCCCCUCGGCUGAUCAAUGGUCGGAGUUUGACAUCUUGCGACAUCACGUCCGGAAGCAGCAGAUGGUGUCCAUCGAGGAGACUUUGUACUUGGUGGGCGGAUUCAUACGGGAUGGUCAGUCCGGACAGAGCGAGGACUCGCUGAACAUACACUCGUUUGACACUCGGACCAAGGAGUUCACCUGCCUCAAAGUGAUCACCUCCAAAUCAGGGCUGAGCAUCUGCUGCACCCUGCACAAUGACGGCAUCUAUAUUCUGAGCCGCGAUGUUACCCACGGCACGCUGUGCAAACACCGCGUGUUUCUCAAGUACCGAGUAUUCUCUGAGGUCUGCGAGUACGUCCGCGGAGCCCCAUCUGAGGGCCACAACAUGCACUUGUUUUCUGUCUACCUUUCCUAGAGAUUACAAUGUAGCAGGACUGUGCAAAUAAACAGCACCACCCACCACCCAGCCUUCACUACAAGCACUGUCAUCAAUGUGGUGCGAUUGGUUACAUUUUUCACAAAUCUCCUUUGUAAAAUCCCACUAAGACUUCAAAGACAAUCAUAUUUUUAAAGAAGACUUCUGAAACACU